AUGUCGACUCCCAAACUCGUCACGACAGAUAAUCUGAUCGUCUGCAACACAUGCGGCGCUCAGUAUGACGUCAAUGAGAGCGCUGGGAAGGACGAAUGUCGGAUCUGCGAGGAUCCCAGACAAUUCGUCCCGCCUGAAGGCCAGUCCUUCACGACGCUAGCCAAACUCAAGGACUCGGGCAAGUACAAGAACGUGUUUGAGCAAUGCAAGCAUAAUGACACUGUCACUGAAAUAUGGACGGAGCCGAAGUUCGGCAUCGGGCAAAGUGCACGACUGAUACGCACGCCGCAUGGCAAUGUGCUCUGGGAUUUGCUUGCGUAUUUGGACCAGGAUACUGUGGACAAGAUCACGCAGCUGGGCGGAAUAAAGUUUAUCAUCAUUUCUCAUCCUCAUUUCUACACAACAUGGGCAGACUGGUCCGCAACGUUCAAAUGCCCUGUGUACAUGACUGAGGUAGACUCGGUAUGGGCGAAUCGCAAGGACUCUCCGCAUGCAACAUUGAAGCUGUUGAAGGAGCCGGCCACAGAGCUUCUUCCUGGCCUUACCGCGGUGAUAUGUGGUGGCCACUUCCCAGGAAGCAUGGUCCUGCAUUCUGCACCACCAAACACCCCGAUCCCGACGCUGUUUGUGGCAGAUGCAAUAUUCGCCGUGGCUUCGGGACAUAAUCCGGACCCUGGGAAGCGGGAAGACACAAUAUCGUAUCAAUUCCUGUGGAGUAUUCCCAACUACAUUCCCCUGCCGCCCGACAUUGUCCUGCAGAUUUGGAAGGCCCUGAAACCGUUUGAGUUCAAGGCGACUUACGGGGUUUUUGCGAAGGUGUCCAACGUUUUCGAGAGGCCUGGUGAGACCUUGGGUUUGAGGGGCAGAGUUCUGCAGAGCGCAAAGAUCGCCGUGAAGGCCAUGGGCUAUUCCGAUCAUAGCAUUUUCGCCGAGGAAUUGUAAUUUAGAUGCCAUGCGAUCGAACGACAGAGCUGUGACCGUAUGGUGGAAUCUGGAUGAUUCCGACCUUCAGUGAUUGCAGUCGAGCGUUGCGUUGUUUGGACGUCGGCGAGGGUCCGAGGCGACUGCCGUGGUAUCCGGACAAGGUGUGCCAGCAUUUUAGGCUGGGAGCUCUUUCGCAAAUUGCUUGUUCAGACCAAAAGAACCGCAUUCAAACAUCCGUCUCGGCUAGGAUCAUUCGUGACUUGCGCGUAUUUACCCCAGACCACCUUUCCUCCGGUCGUGACAAGUCCAAGUUCG